UUCACCAACAUGGACGUGAGUAGGAGGAAAACCUCAAAGUUGAAAUGAUCCAGAAUGUAAAUCGUGCUUCUUGAACGGAUAAUUUAGUAAAAGUUUGGUGUAUCUGCUAUAAAGCCCUACUGUCUGCAGAAGAUGUGUACACUGAUCACAGAGUUGCCAGGAAAUCAAUAUACACCACUGCCACAGAUACAUAUGCUGUCUCUAGAGGAGGGAUGGAAGUGGCCGGCCCUAGCCCUGUUCCUAUUUUUAGUAACGUUUGGGUCCGUUGGAGUUCUGAGUUUGGGAUACAUUAUCUGUAUAAUGAUUGGUGGACUAGUUAUGACCCUGUACUAUGGGAGACAACUCUCGCUAUCCUCACUCACUACAGAGUUACCAGACUUGACGAGGUCCAGACCAGGCAUUCUUAAUGUCGUGAACAAAAUGGAGUCGUCUCCCCGAGGGAAGAAUUUUGACCGGAGGAUGACAGGUGCGAGUGUCAUAGACGAGGCACUUCACGAGGUCCUGACCUAUGCUGUUAAAGAUUACAUCAAGUCCUGGUACAGACAAGUGUCUGAUCACGACGGCUUUAUCCUGGACAUCAGACAGUGUGUCCAGAAACUGACCAUUACAUUUGCUUCCAGAACAAAGGAUGUGGAUUGGAUGCCAUUUUUCUCUCAGAGACUUGUGGACGACUUUGCUUCACAUCUACGAUUGUACAGACGGGCUCGGGAGCAAGCAACUGUACCUCAAACUGAUGACACUUAUGAAGAGCAGGUUCAGUCAGCUUUCUUUGACUUAGAGCUGGCUAUGGAGAAAGACAAGUGUAGAGACUUAGUGUGUCUAGAUCCCGAAGCCGAGAAACAGUACUUACAGAACCUGAGUGAAGUGCUUUUAUUCCUCCUUCUUCCACCAGAUGACUUCCAGAAUAAAACAUUUAGAUAUAUUCUGAGGGAAGUGCUAGUCAAUGGUAUAUUUCUCCCCACCAUAGAACUACUGUCAGAUCCCGACUAUAUAAACCAGCUGGUGGCAUGGUUGUGCAAAGAUGGUUCCUUUACAAAUGAGACAUUCCUGAAUGUUAUUAAAGCAUCUCACCUAGUGGAAGAACUUGAGGCGGUAAAAGAAAUCACAGAACAGAACAUUGCUAAGUGGCGCUCAAAAGACAUGGGAGGGGAUGAUGAUGCUGAGAUUAAGCAAAAGCUGAACAGUUUAAUAUUUGUUAAAAAUAUAUGUGAAGGAAGGAUACGACGAAUUCAGGAAGGGGGGAUAGAGGAUAUCGAGGAACCUCCUGAUAUAUGCAGAGCCAAGAAUAUAUUUGUACUUAGCUUAGAUGAAAUAAUUGAAAAUAAUAUUGCAUUAGCUGUAUUUAUAGAAUUUAUGACAAAUGUUUGUGGACAACAGUAUCUUUUUUUCUAUUUGAAUGUGGAGGGAUUCCGGACGGCUGCGGGACAGCAGGUAAUGGCUGCUCACCAGAGGGCCAUGAAUGGAGUCUCCACUGAGGCUGACCUCGUCUUACGACGGGCAGCCAUGAUCAUAUAUGACCAAUAUUUAUCUGAUAAGGGAACAUCUAAAAUCAAAAUAGACAGUGAUAUUACGAGAAGAACUCUACAAAAAAUUAAAAGUAAAAAUAUAUCAGAAGACUUAUUUGAUGAGGCUCAGUCUAAGGUGUAUCAGAUUCUUCACUCUGAGCAGUAUUAUGAGGCGUUCCUACAGAGUCAUGUCUACCUUAAGAUGUUACAAGAGAUGGGGGUCUCCAAACCAGACAAGUCUGAAGAUGGCGACACCAGUAGUCUGGACGAGGUGCCCCGGAUAAUAUGGUUUAAAAUGGAUGAUUCUGCUGAAGAAUCUUCAUUACCAAGGUCAAGGUCAGAUUCACCUGUACCCAUGGAAACAGUCAUUACAGCUUUUAUUUCACAAACAGGAGUCAUGAAGGAAUCGGAUAAGAAUUUGGCCAAGACUUACGCUGUUUUUGCCAUCCGUGCGACAAAGAUCUCGGGUGAUGAAGAGGAGGUGUCAGAAACGUACAGAAGAUACAGCGACUUCCACGAUCUUCACAUGUUAAUCCAGGAAAAGUAUCCUGAAUUUCAAAUGCCGCCUUUGCCUGGAAAAACUGUUCUCAAGAACAUGAACAAAGAUUUCUUAGAAAAACGCAGAAAGUCACCAGACACCUACUUACAGACUUUGAUGAAGCCUGAGAUUUGGGCCAAGUACCCCGGAAUGAAGGAGCUGGUUCUCAAGUUUGUUGCCCCCGGACUGUGGGAAAAACACAAAAGUGAUCUGGCUAGGAAGAUGGACACCAUAGUAAACCCAAUCAAAACCUCUGUUAAAUCUGUGGGCAGGGCUGUCUCCCAAGAUUCCCUCACCAUCAAAGGGGAUUCCAUUGACAGGCGAAGUGGAAAGGUUUCAGAUGGACUUGAUGUUGAUGCAGAUAACAUUCCAUUAAGAGUCAUGCUGCUACUGAUGGACGAAGUCUUUGAUUUACGAGAGAAGAACACGUGGCUACGUCGACGUAUAGUCGCCGUUCUCAAGCAGCUCAUCAAAGUGACAUUCGGAGACUCCAUCAACAAGAAGAUCGUGGAUUACGUUGAGUUUCUGACGUCUGCUGAGCAGAUGGCGGAAUAUGUCAGAAAGUUCAGGGAUGCCUUUUGGCCUGGGGGAAGCCUUGCUGAGCCUCGAGCGCCGCGAGAUCCCAAUACCAAAAUGAGGACUCGAGUGUUGUGUAGGGCUAAAAUGUUAGGAUCUGUCUCAGAUGACUUCCGUCACUUAAUGGGAACAGAGACAAUUCGUGUGGGGACCAGUCGUAUGUUUGACAUGUUCCAACAUCAGACCUUAAAUAAACGAUUUGUUUACGUUUUCCUGGAAGGUGUUAUCAUCACACUAUUUCCACAAAAUAAAUUCUCAGAACUGUUCCAGAGACUACAUUCGCGAUCAGAGAGAGUGUCGAAACAUUUACUAAAGGAUAACAGUGACAUUGCGGACACAUCAGGUACACGGAAGAGGAGGUGAUUUUUGUUGUUUUUGAGGUCAUGUGAAAACAAGUGUCAGGUGAAAACUUGUGUCAUGUGAAAACAUGUGGCAUGUGAAAAUCUGGCAUGUGAAAACUCAUGUGUCAUGUGAAAACCCAAGUCAUUGAAAACUCAUGUCAUAUGAAAAUGUGUCAUGUGAAAACUCAUAUGAAAACUCAUGUCAUGUGAAAACAUGGUAUGUGAAAACUCAUGUGACAUGUGAAAACUCAUGUGACAUGUGAAAAUUCAUGUCACAUGUGAAAUUGUGUCAUAUGAAAACACAUAACAGGGAUAUUAUCCAGAACACAAUCUGUGAUAACCCACUGUUGUCAAAAAAUACCCUGAUAUUAUCAUUCUUCAAACUUUUGAGAGAUGAAUAGAUUCCUAUUCCAAACAAUCAAUGAACUGUCUCUGGGAGAAAAUGAGAAUAUUGUGCAAUGAUCUGUUGAAGUUCUGUACUUCCUCUUACUUUAUUUAAGUGGAGGUACAUGUAUUCACGUGGUUCUUAUUACUGUGUUAUUAGUGUGUACUUUGUCAGGUGAAAUUUGUAUUUAUAAAAAUUGUGUAGAGGCUCUUUAAAAGACCAGUGAUCUGAUUCCAACAAAGCAGAGAAGAGGCUUUUAUCCAAUGGAAUUCCAUUAGUUUUUAUUGAUAGCUGUUCUUUUAAGAAAAUUUGCUUUUACAAGGAACAUGCGUAAUAAGUGCCAAAAUCUGCCGUGUGAUGUCUACUGCACAUGUCUAUAAUUUAACUCAUUUGAACCAAGACCAUGAAGCUACUGACUUUAACUUUCCAUUUAAUUAUCAGUAGUACUUAAUUUUUGUUAUAGAAUACUGGCAAUGAGAUAAUUUUUU